AGCAUUUAUCAUACCUAUGAAUCGAUAGUUGCGUGUAAUUAUCGAAUUUUCUUCAUUCCCAAAAUAGUCAUCCGAAAUGUCAAAAUCCUAUAUGCUGUGGGUUGGGGGUAGCGAAGUGGCCGGUACUGGUGAUCUGAUACCCAUUGAGAAUCCAGCCGGGAUGAACGUCUUCGCAGAAUGUCAUUCCGCAUCACCAAAAGAUGUUGACGACACCGUCCGACUGGCUCAUAGCGUCUUCAAAUCCGGGGUUUGGUCCAAAGCGCCUCGUCAUACGCGAGCAGACGUGCUAGACAAGGCUGCUGAGCUUCUCACUUCGAACCUGGCCACACUGAUCCCCUUAGAGGUUGAGCAGACGGGACGCGCAAUCCGAGAGAUGCAAGCUCAAGUUCCAUCCUUGGUUCGUUGGUUCCGCUACUACGCUGCUGUUCUCCGUACUGAAGAACGUCCGGUUUUGCCAACAACGGGAAAGCUGCAUAACUGGCUAGAUCGAGUGCCACUCGGCGUCGUUGUCCAAAUCACACCAUUCAACCACCCUCUUCUCAUUGCAGUCAAGAAACUUGCGCCCGCUCUGGCCGCCGGUAAUAGCGUAGUGUUGAAGCCGAGCGAGCUUACACCGCUGACUAGCUUGCUGCUGGGGCCAAUCUUGAAAGAGGCAGGUUUGCCAGACGGCGUCUUCAACGUGUUGCCAGGCCUCGGAGCUACAACCGGGCGUGCUCUUGUGAGCCACCCUCUUGUGCGAAAAGUAGACAUCACUGGAGGAACGGUUGCCGGAAGAGCAAUUGGUUCUAUUGUUGGUAAUAAUUUGGCACGGUUCACCGCAGAGCUGGGAGGAAAGGCGCCCUUAAUUGUGUUCGAGAAAGCCAACAUUGACCUUGCCGUCAAUGGUGUUGCCUUUGGAUCGUUCAUCGCAAGUGGCCAGACUUGUGUUGCGGCAACCCGAAUUAUCGUUCAAAAGAAUAUCCUGGCGACUGUGGAAGAGACCCUCGCCCGCAAAGCUGAAUCUAUCGCACGACGGAUGGGCUCUCCUACCAACUCCAAAUCUUCUAUGGGUCCUCUCAUCUCGUCUAGGCAGCUUAACAAUGUUAUCAACCUCGUGGAUGAUGCCGUUAAGAAUGGUGCAAAAAUCGUUUGUGGUGGCAAGAGGAUGUCUGGCAAAUCAGAACUCGAUGGUACCAAUUUCGCCGAAGGCUAUUUCUUCCCUCCAACAAUCUUGGCCUCCGGUCCAGCAUGCGAUAUCACUAAGACCAACAUCUGGCGCGAAGAAGCCUUUGGGCCCGUUAUUUUGCUGGUUGGAUUUGAAAGCGAGCAGGAAGCUCUGGAGCUCGCCAACGAUAGCGAAUUUGCCCUGGGAGCAGCGUUGUGGACUGAUGAUUUGAGCCAAGCCUUCAGAGUUUCUGAACAAAUCGAGUCUGGUAUAGUCUGGGUCAACACACAUCAUCGAAAUGACCCGAGCAGUCCGUGGGGAGGAGCUUCUAGCGCGAGCGGGGUUGGGAGUGAAAAUGGUGUCGAGGCGUAUUACGCAUAUACGACGACGAAGAGUAUCAUUGUCAACUAUGCUUCUAGCGAUGAAGCCGUAGCGGAUGAUUGGUUUAGAGAAGACGGUGUCCAAGUGCGUUAUGGAUGAGCUGGAGAUAUUGGAUGAAAGAUAUAUAUCAGAAGGGAGUGAAAACUAUUAUGCUUUAUAAUCUAGUUUAUCUGUAUGGUUUCCUUUCUACCUUUAGAAAUCCAUUCAGUAUUCACCUCCG